GAAGAUUUCAUUCCUUAUGUACAUCACAAGAGAAUAACAUCAUAGCAACACGAUGUCGUUACUUAACUCUACACCUAAAAUCCAAUUGAAUGAGCUAACCAAUUCAUUUGGAACAUUUACAAUAGACUUAUAUCAGCAAUGUGUUCAACACUCGGUAAAUGAGAAUGUGUUUUUAUCGCCGCUAUCUAUUUUGAGUGCACUCGCCUUACUCUCUCAAGCCACCGAGGGAAAUACAUUCAAUGAAAUGAUAAAUUCCCUACAUUUGAAUGAAAACAAAACGGCGGUGGCAAAUCAGAUUAACGCAUACAAUACAUUGAUUCAAAACGGCGCUGGACAAUCCACCCUAUCGAUUGCCAAUCAAAUUUAUGUGAAACAAGGCUAUUCGCUCAAUCCGCAUUUCAAAGAAGUGGCUGAGAAGCAGUUUUCGUCUGGCGUUGAAUCAAUAAAUUUUGAAAAUGGAAGUGAGGCUGCUCAAAUAAUUAAUCAUUUUGUGGAAGAAAAAACUCACGACAAAAUCAACAACUUAGUCACACCGGAAAGCAUUGACAGUAGUUCUGCUGUUGUAUUGGUGAAUGCUAUCUAUUUCAAAGGAAAUUGGAAAAAUAGAUUUGAUAAAGAACAAACUAAAAAGCGCGACUUUUAUAUCAGCGAAACUGAAACGGUUUCUGUUGAUUUCAUGCAAAUUACAAGCAACUUCAAAUUCAGACGUUCGGAUGAAUUAGAUGCUGAUGUACUUGAGCUGAAGUACGCUGAUUCAAAAUUCUCAUUUCUAAUUGUUUUGCCACGUCAACGUACAGGACUAUCAGUAGUGGAAAGCAAAUUGAAAAAUUAUGAUAUCGCGAAAGUUACAAAUGGAUACCCAUAUGGCUUUGAAGUCAUUAUGCCAAAGUUCAAAAUCGAAUACGAAGUCAAUUUAAAUGAAAUAUUAAAAAAUCUGGGCAUGAGUGAGAUGUUUGAUGCACAUAAAGCUAAUUUGAGUGGACUUUUGGAGACACCAGAAAAGUUAUUUGUAUCCGACGUAGUUCAUAAAGCUUUUAUCGAAAUAACUGAAGAAGGCUCAGAGGCUGCUGCUGCUACUAUAGUCGGUAUUACUUUGAUAAGUUACCCUCCACAGCCAGUGCAACCAUUGAAGUUCAUUGUUGACCAUCCUUUUAUGUACUAUAUUUGGGAUACAGAAACAAAAACCGCUCUCUUCGCCGGUCGCAUCACGAAUUUCAAAUGAAAUCGGAAGGUGCUGGACAUAUUUGAUGACAAAAAUUGCGUUCUUCACCGCUUAUUACAUAUGUUGUAAUAACCGUUAAAUUUUAAAAACGAAAAUGUGUAAAAGCUUUUUUUAUCAUCGUCACUAUUUUAUUUAUUAUUUGAAUAAAUAAUUGUUUAAAGCAAUUUUGUUUUGAA